GAGAGUAAAAAGCAACUUCCUGUUCUCUUCUUUCGUUUUUAAUUAUCGCUUCAAAUCUACGUUUAUCUUCUGUGGCAUCAGGUGAUAUAAUGGAAUGAGCGUCAGUUUCCACACCACCACUAAAAAUGACGGCACCAGCAGCUGUGAUUGUUUUAAGUGGUAAAAGGAAGUCGGGGAAAGACUACGUUGCCUCGGUCGUUCAGAACAGGCUAGGGGCAGACAUGUGCUGUAUAUUCCGGUUGUCAGGCCCCUUGAAAUAUCAGUAUGCAAAAGAACAUAAUCUAGACUUUGACAGGCUUCUGGAUGCCUCAGAAUACAAGGAGAAAUAUCGCAUGGACAUGAUUCGUUGGGGAGAAGAACGCCGCACUGAGGACCCAUCUUUCUUCUGUCGUUUGGCUACUCAAGGCGAGGGAUCAGAUCGGCCAGUCUGGAUUGUUAGUGAUGCACGUCGAUUGUCAGAUUUACAGUACUUUCACAGUAACUUCAGGAAACAAGUUAUAACUGUCCGUGUCACAGCUGAUGAGGAUGUGCGCAAAGCCAGAGGAUAUGUUUUCACGAAAGGUGUGGAUGAUGUUGAAUCAGAAUGUGGCUUGGAUAUUGGAGUGGAAUGGGAUGUGGUCAUCACGAACAAUAAUGAAGCUAGAAAAUUUGAAGAACAGAUUACUUAUUUAGUGAACCAGGUUCAGGCUCGACUGAGAAACUAGCUCUUUAUUUUUCCUUUUAAAGAAAGCUUGAGGAACUGCAUUUGCUGAAUGAAGAUGCAAAAAUAAAACAUUCCUAAGAAUUUACAUAAAGGCUGAUCUCAAGGGCAGGAGUUCUUGAUCUUUGAUCUCUGUUUAUUAAUGCUUUGUGAAAUGUAUAUCUGCAUCUAAGGAAGCUUUUAGAUUUUGUUGGCUUACAUGGUCUGUUUAGUCUGAUCUUGAAGGCUAACACUUCCAAUAUACUUCACAUUCCCAAAUAUGAACGUCUUUAUAG